AGCUUUCGCUUCUUCGGAAGUAGUUCAAUACGCCGCCGCAGACGCUGUACUUCAUCGGACGAGAAGCAAUUUCAAGAAACUCCCCUUUGAGUCAUGGCUCGUACCAAGCAGACCGCUCGUAAAUCCACCGGAGGAAAGGCGCCUAGGAAGCAGCUGGCCACAAAGGCCGCCAGGAAGAGUGCGCCCUCCACUGGUGGAGUGAAGAAGCCGCACAGAUACAGGCCAGGUACUGUUGCUCUGCGUGAGAUCCGUCGAUACCAAAAGUCCACCGAGCUGCUUAUCAGGAAACUGCCUUUCCAGCGUCUUGUGAGGGAAAUUGCUCAAGACUUUAAGACUGAUCUGCGUUUCCAGAGUGCAGCCAUUGGGGCUCUACAGGAGGCCAGUGAGGCCUAUUUGGUUGGUUUGUUUGAGGACACGAACUUGUGCGCAAUUCAUGCGAAGAGGGUUACCAUCAUGCCCAAGGACAUCCAGCUGGCCAGGCGAAUCCGAGGAGAACGGGCUUAAUUUUGUUGUUUUUUUGUUUUUCUUUUUAAUGGGGUGUUAGGGGAAAAAGGGGGGUCGGGAUGGGGUUUUGUUUUUGUACAUCAUGAUCCUAUACCAGCAUGUGUACCAUUUUUAAAUGUUUGUAGUUGCAUGUGUGUUUUUGUACUUUUUUUUUUUUUCUUUUUUUUCCCCUUCUCUCAUACUAGCUUAGAAAAUGAACUGUAUAUUCUGAACAAUUCACUGCCUCUCAGGUUUGACUGUUUUAGUCUGAACCAUAAUCAUGUUGCAUGUGUCAGGACUCCUUGUGCUGUAAAUAAACUUUUCCGCUACCUCA